GAACUCCGACUGCAGGGAAAACUGUGUGAUGUGGUGAUCAGAGUAGAUGAUGUCGAAUUUAACGUACACAAGGUCGUCCUCUGCAGCUGCAGCCCAUACUUCCGAGCUCUCUUCGACACUUGCUGGACAAAUCCAGAGAAGAAAGUGUACAACAUCCCUGGCCUGUCGUCUCAUAUGAUGCACCUAAUCAUUGAGUACGUCUACACACACUCUGUUCCUGUGACGGAGGAGAACGUAGAAGAGCUCUUAGCAGCAGCAGAUCAGUUUGCUGUCGAGGGAGUUGUAGACGCCUGCUGUGAAUUCCUUGAGAAGCAGCUUUGCUCAGAGAAUUGCAUUGGCAUCUGGAAGUUUGUGGACAUUUACUACUGCCCAGCGCUCAGGCAUAAGGCAUACCUGUUCAUCCUGCAUCAUUUUGAGGAGGUUGCUACCUGCGAAGAGUUCCUGCAGCUCUCUGUGGAGCAGGUGGCUGACAUCAUCCAGAGGGAUGAUCUCAAUGUUAAGCAUGAAAGCUCAGUGUUUGAGGCCAUCGUCCACUGGAUCAGCCACUCGCCUGAGGACCGUAAACACCACAUCGCUAUGCUGUUGUCCAAGGUUCGCUUAGCUUUGAUGAACGCUGAGUACUUGCUUAACAACGUGAAGAACCAUGUUCUGGUGAAGAACAAUCCUGGGUGCAGGCUCAUCAUCAUCAAUGCCUUGACGGCCAUGGUUGAUAACAGCGGUUCCAACUUGAAUUACAAGAAUCCCGUGUCCUGCCCACGCCUGCCCCAUGCCAUCCUGUUGGCUAUUGGAGGCUGGUGUGGCGGCAGUGCAACCAAUGUUAUUGAAGCAUAUGAUUCCCGUGCUGACCGCUGGGCCAUUUUGACCAACAUUUGGGAACGUCCUCGGGCUUACCAUGGUACUGCUUUCCUUAAUGGCAUGGUGUACUGCAUCGGAGGCUUUGAUGGGAAUACACGUUUUAACAGUGUGCGCAAGUUUGACCUCGGCACCCGCACCUGGCACGAAGUGGCACCCAUGCAUUCACGUCGCUGCUAUGUCAGUGUGGCUGUUCUAGACGGCUGCAUCUAUGCCAUUGGAGGCAGUGAUGGACAUAGACGACUGACCACUGCUGAGCGCUAUGAGCCCCAGACCAACCAGUGGACUUGGCUGGCAUCCAUGCAUGAGCAGAGGAGUGAUGCCAGCGCCACAACACUCCAUGGCAAGGUGUUCAUUUGUGGAGGUUUUAAUGGGAAUGAGUGCCUAGCAACAGCUGAAUGCUACGACCCUGAGACCGACCAAUGGACAUUGAUCGCCCCAAUGAGAAGCAGGCGCAGUGGGGUGGGCGUCAUUACCUAUAGAGGGUACAUCUAUGCGGUGGGCGGCUUUGAUGGCGCCAGCCGUUUGCAAAGCGUCGAGGUCUACAACCCUGUGAUAAAUGUCUGGCGCAAUGCACCCGCCAUGUUCAACCCCCGCAGCAACUUUGGCAUUGAGGUGCUGGAUGACAUGAUCUUUGUUGUCGGAGGCUUCAACGGCUUCUCCACCACCUUUAAUGUGGAGUGCUAUGAUUACAACACUGGCGACUGGCUUGAGGUCCACGAGAUGAGGAUCUUCCGCAGCGCUGUGAGCUCCUGCGUGGUGCACGGACUCUCCAACAUAGCCGAGUAUGCCACCUCUCGUGAUGCCCUGGCACUUCCCAGUGUGGAUGAAGACUCUGAUGAGGACUUUUAUAGGUCAGAUGAAUCUAUCUAA